CAACCAAUCAAUGGAAUAUGAACUAAAUAUUUGAAUAGACAAAGUAGAUAAUUGCUCAUGUAACGCCAUUUCAAUUUCAUCAACAGUGUAUUUCCGUGCUAUGACGUUGAACGAAGACAAAAUCAAUUAUAAUUGAGAUUAACGGUUGAAUCACAUCCGGACGUAAUUGGCAGUCCCAUAGGGCGGCGCUUAAUUGGCCCAGCGUCGUCCGGGAUAGGCCGUCAUUGUAAUUAAGAAUUUGUUCUUAUCUGAUUCGCCUAGUUAAAUAAAACAUAAACGUCAGCUGGCUUCCUGAUUUAAAUACAUGUAGAUUAGGUAGCUGGCUAGCAAGCUAAUAACAGCCUCGAUUCAAGUGAGAAUACAGCAGAGAAACAUGGAGGAGUCAGCAAGCACCAUAGAGGUUACAGUGAAGACCCUGGACUCGCGGAGCAGGAGCUACACUGUCCGGAGAGAGUUGACAUUGAAGAGGUUCAAAGAACACAUAUCUGCGUCAGUGGAUAUCCCAGUGGAAAAGCAGAGACUAAUCUACCAGGGCAGAGUGCUGCAGGAUGAGAGGACACUGAAUGACUACAAUGUAGCUGAUAAGGUGAUCCACCUAGUGGAGCGUGCUCCUCCUCAGACCUCCCAAUCUGCUGGCGGGCGAGGAAGAGUGUCAUCAGGAGGAACAGAGGGAGGUGCCACCUCCUCCUCCCAGGGAGGCCCCCAGGACCGCAACGGGAACAGCUACGUCAUGCUGGGAACCUUCAACCUGCCCGUCAACAUCAUGGACCCCCAGCAGAUACAGAUGCAAGUGCAGCAGAUGAUGGCAGGAGUGGGAGAAGCAGGAAGGAAUACCAGAGUCAGCACCAGCACUGGACGCAAUGGCUCAAUAGAUAUGCAUAUCAACGUUGACCAAUCAGUGCAGAGCGAGCCCAGGAUGAGGCUGCAAUUGGCUGAGAACUUGCUAAGAGAAACCCAAUCUCUGCUCCACAGACUGGAGGGUCAGCCCAGUGACGUGCCAUCUCGAGUCGAGCCGGAGACAUCUCAGUCCACCUCUUCAGCUUCCUCUACAGCUGCCACUAAAGGAGCAGCACAGCCUAUGGACACCUCCCCUCUUGCUCCACCACCUCCCCCUGCCACCUCCUCCACCCAGACAGAGGGACCACCCCACUCCGGGCCCAACCCAGCGGAGCUGGUGGAGGUUUUGUCAGAGGUGAGGAGGGUGGAGGAGAGGCUGGGUCCCUUCAUAGAGAGAACUAACUCCAUCCUGGGAGCUGCCACUUCAGCGGACUACAUCAACAACACCCAGGAGAGAGAGGAGGACCUGCACGUUCUCAACCUGGUUGGGGAGGCUCUCCGUCUCCUUGGCAACACCCUGGUUGCCCUUAGCGACCUGCGUUGUAACCUGGCCACUCCUCCCCCCCGUCACCUCCACGUGGUUCGACCCAUGUCCCACUACGGCUCCCCCGUCCUGCUGCAGGGUGGUAUGCCCCACCACGUCCCGAGAAACCUGGGGACCACAGUGACUAUGACAUCCAAUGGGAGGCAGGCAGCUGAGGGCCUAGCCCAACCUUCUCAGGCCCCUGGCCCACCAGAGAGCCAGGCCCUCCCUCCACAGCCCAACUCAGCCAAUCAGCAGCCAGGUCAGGGCCAAGGGGCUCCGCAUGUGAUCAGAAUCACCCACCAGACCAUUGAGCCUGUGGUAAUGAUGCAGAUGAACCUGGAUGAUUCUGGCAGCAGCCCUCAGGUCCAAGGACAGAUCCCUAUUGGUACUGGACAGCCUGGUGCUACUCCGGUCCACAUCCCAGACCUUCCUCCAGAGUUCAUGCAGGCCAUCGUCCACCAGAUCUCUCAGCAGACCGGGCAACCAGGACCAGGUGUCCCCGGGACCACCUCCAGCUCUGAACCCUCUGCCCCUCACAGCCUUCUGCCCCCUGGGGCCAGGGUGGUGGUUACACACCCCUCCUCCUCCCCCCACAUCCCCCAGCCUGUGGUCACCAACAUAAACCUCGGGGCUUCGGUACCCUCUACUGGCGGACAACACAACCUACAGGGCACACCUCUGGCUCACUCUCCCGUAAGUCAGAUGAUCAGUGGUCUGGUUGGACAGCUCCUGAUGCCUGGACAACAGAUGCCUGGGCACCAGGUUCUUCCAGGUGACCAGACAUCCACCAGUUCCUCUUUAUCCACCUCCUCCAACCCAGUCCCUCCCCUGCCCUCUGGGGAGACCACCUCUGGCCAGACCACCACCUCUGUGGGCCAGCCAUCGGCGGGGGUUGCCGAGGCCAACCUAGCCCAGUUCCUGGGCUCCCUUCUGGGUGGCGCAGGCGGGCCAGGAGCCCCUGGUGCUGGAGCUAACCCACAAAUCACUGUGACCGUACCUGGAGUCCCAGGGUUCUUCCAUGGCAUGUCAGAAUUCACCCAGGCUAACCAACCCGUGUUCUCCCGACCCACAACCUCACCCGGCCAGGAGCCUCCCCCUGGCCAAGGCACCCCUGCCCCCCCUCAGGUGGCCCCUGGGGGUGUAGGGGACCCCUCCCUGAGCCCGGAGCUGUUUACAGGUAUUGUCCAGGGGGUCCUCUCCACCAUGAUGGGGGCUCCGCAGGGGAACGGGGAGAGCAUUGCUCAGUUCAUCCAUAGACUGUCUCAGACCACCAACCUCUUCACACCUGGAUCUGGGGACGCAGUCGGGUUCUUCGGGGACCUGUUGUCUCUGGUGGGUCACAGUUUCUCCAUGGUGGACAUGGUGUUGUUACUCCACGGUAAUGCCCAGCCAAUCAGCCGGAUCCAGCCCCAGCUCACUGACUUCUUCAACCAGCACUACCUGCAGGGUCCAGAGCCUACUGAUGCCAAUAUCAACGCAGCAUCUGAGGACCUCAUCAAUGGCCUGGAGGAGUACAUAACAGAGAGCUUUGCCACAGUGACAGUGAGAGAGGGAGUGGACAUCAUUCAAACCAACAUCGCUUUCCUUAGACAGCAGUUCACCUGCAUGGCCACGCAUAUCCUACGCUGCACAGACCACAUGUUUGGCCACCGCCUGCUGCUGCUCUGCACCCAGGGUCUGUUUGAGUGUCUGGCUCUCAACCUUUACUGUCUCCGAGGGGAACAGGGAGCUCUCACCCAAGUCCUCAAUCACCACAUCAGGAGGAUGUCAGCAGAGGUCAACCCCAGCCUGGUCAACUGGCUGACUAGUAUAAUGACCAUGAGACUCCACGUCAUCCUGGAGCAUAACCCAGUCACUGAGGACCACAUCCAGCACUAUGUCAUCCACACAUGGAGAGCAGGGCCUGAGGCACAGGCUGGACAGCAGACAGACACACAGAACAUGGAGAUGGCUGCAGGUCUGUCUCCGGCCCCAGCCACCACAGCAGGGGAGGCCAUGGUUUCAUCAGGGGACAGACAGGAAGUUGGAGCGUCCCCCGAGGUGACCACCCCCUCGCGGAGAGCAUCAUCGGGGGAGAUCGGAAGAGCCGUUGCCAUGGCGGCAGGAGGAAGGGAGGAGUCUGUAGGAGACGUGGAGCCCUGGGCAGCUGCAGUGCCCCCUGAGUGGGUUCCUAUCAUCAGACAUGACAUGCUGUCUCAGAGGAAGAUAACUCAGCCCCCUCUGUCUGACGCAUACCACCAUGGGAUGCCUGCCAAGAGGAGGAAGACUCACCAGGGUGAGGGCCCUCAACUGUCCCUGUCUGUGGCAGUGAGUCGGGCUGCCCGGGCUACAGGAGCCAUACCUGUCACUAGCCCAGAUAGCCUCCAGGGGGAGCUAGAGGAGCCAGAGCUGCAGGAUGCCUACCAAGAACAGGUGAUGAGUGACAUCAAAGAGAGAGUGAGGGGUGACCAAGACUUCAGCUCCCAGUGUUUCCCCAACACACACCGGGCCUUCUCGCUAGAUGACUCUUAAAUCUUAUUGGUCCUCAGGCUUGUCAACAACUCCAUCUAGCCAAUCUUUUUUUUUUUUUUCCCCUGGAUGACUUCUAAUCUGUUAUCACACCUGUCAAUAACCACACCUAGCCAAUCACUCACAACCAUGUGGUGUAUCCAGGGGUGUGUUCAUGUCAGCUUGAUUCGGGACAUUUCUAUCUUCAACAUGUAACGUGCCCCAGACUCCAUUCUGCAACAUUCCAAUGAAGGACAAAGAGCUAAGAAAACAGACAUGACUUGCUAAGACCCUGCUUUCUCAUUGGGCUGCCACGGAAAAUGCCACUCACUGAAAACCGAGAAGAGCUUUAGCACACAGAUGACAGACAGGUUGUAUCUUCUCCAUUUCAACAAACUCAUUCCUAACUGGUUGUCAUCUGUAUGUCCAGUUGUCCUUAUGAGGCUUUAACGUGUAAAUGAGCACAAAUUGUACAUUGUAUUAAGAAUGUGAUAAUGCAACAGCUAUUUCUUGUUAAGUUAAUAAAGUAGUGGAACCUUC